AUGCAAUCUAAAGGGUUUCUUGUUGAUAAGGUCUACGAUUCUGGAAAAGGAUUGUUACGUGCCUUCCUUAUCAAUGAUCCGCGAUCGAUAAAGUUACAAAACUCAAAACGAAAUAAUCUGGAACUUACAAGAUAUCAAAACAUUAGUUCUCAAAGCUGGAACGAAUUCAUUCUGGGGGCAAGGCAUAAACUAAUUCUUUGGACGCAUCCACCUGAUCGUCUUAUACCAACUGAUUUAGACUACUGA